UCCAGGCUUCUAUAUGAUUCCUCACUUCUCUGUAGUACGUUGUCUUGUGUUGUGUUUUUUACUUCAUAAGUAUUGCUGCCUCUCUCUCUCUCUCUCGAAAAAACCAUUUUCAUCAGCUUUGCAAAUUGGAAAACCACCAACAAAACAAGACUCAGCAGCCACUCAGUGACGGCCGGAGAGAAUGCCUCUCUCUUAUUGUGUGGCGGAGAACAAACCCUGCGUGCGUUGGGUUCAGAAGUAUUUCAAGGACUGCCUUUGCAAUCUCAACGAUGACAUCUCGUUUGUUUUUGGUCUGAUCAGCUUGGUGUGUUGGGGGGUGGCUGAAGUUCCUCAAAUCAUCACAAACUUUCACACCAAGUCCAGCCACGGAGUCUCCCUGGCCUUCCUUUGCACUUGGGUCGCCGGGGAUGUGUUUAAUUUAUUGGGUUGUUUUCUGGAACCAGCAACGUUGCCGACCCAGUUGUACACAGCUCUGCUCUACACAGCAAGUACUAUAGUAUUAGUAUUGCAAAGUGUGUACUAUGACUACAUCUAUACAUGGUGGAAAUGCCGAAAUAUCACAGCAAGACAGAAGGAUGAAGAAGAGAAUAAAAAACCAUUGAAUCCAAAGUUGGCUGAUUCAGGCAUUCCAAUACCAAGUGCUUCACCCAAAGCCACUCCUAGAAGGGAGUUCUACUAUACGUCAGCGAGAUCUUUGGCUGGCAGUGGUACUCCACCGUUUCGAUCGUAUAUGAGGGCAGCUAAAAGUGGCCCUUCUGCAAUGACAAUAGACAGUGACUCAUCUUCUGAGGAUGAGUCAGCUCCGGUUACAUCCAACAAGAACUCUCUUACCCAGCCUAGGCCAAUCCCAAGAUUGGCAGGGUACGGAACAUUUCUAGCAACAUCACUUAACUUGCCUUCACAAACAAAGGGUUUGGCACAAGUGUACCUGGGAGUAACUGGGAGGACACUCUUGCAGGAACACUCAGUUGAGCAUAGUACCUUUGGUCAAUGGCUGGGCUGGCUAAUGGCUGCUAUAUACAUGGGCGGUCGACUCCCUCAGAUUUGGUUAAAUAUUAAAAGAGGAAGUGUGGAGGGAUUGAAUCCUCUAAUGUUCGUCUUUGCACUGAUCGCAAAUGUCACUUAUGUGGGAAGCAUACUUGUAAGAACUACCAAGUGGGACAGCAUUAAAGCUAACAUGCCAUGGUUACUCGAUGCUGCAGUUUGUGUGGCACUUGACUUAUUUAUAAUUUUGCAGUACAUAUACUAUAAACACUGGAGGAAAGGGACUACAAGAGGUGAAGAAGACUACACGUACUAUAAGGAAGCAAAUAAUGCUGCAGCUUCUUGAAAGCACUUGCAUGCUGAAAUCAUAUCCAAAUCUGUAUUUUAAUUCUGUCGAAUUAGGAAUUCCCUUUUUUAAUUUGUUUAUUGGGAGCAUGAUCAUCAUAAGUUAGGAAUGUGAGAAUGCUGACAGCGAUUGUGAGUCGGGUCAAGCAGAAGCAGUAGUGGGCUUGAGGCCUUCUCCCCCUGUUGACAUUAAUAAAUAGUAUGUUUAUGUGGCUUUAGUCUUGA